GAAGACAAAGAGUGAUAUAUAUUGUGCGACGGCGAUAUUCUAUUUUCAAGGUCACAUGAUACUUCAAAAAUACCCAAUAAUUGGCCCUGAAGAAGUCAAAAGAUCUUGAUCUCUAUUUCUAGUACCCGAAAUAACACAACUCAUUGAGGUAACUUGAACAUAUCAUCUAUGGAUGCCACCAAUAUUAACCAAGAUCCAAGCCAUGGCGCCCUUAGUAGUGGCCUUAGUGUCCGCUCCAAAAAUGCUCAAGUGGAAGUGAUAGUAGUGCCAUUCCCAUUGCAAAGCCAUCUCGACCAACUACUCCGCCUCUCCUGCCUCAUUGCCGCCCACAACAUCCCCGUCCACUAUGCCACCACCGCCACCCACCUCCGCCAGGCCAAACUCCGUUUUGAUUCCCAAACCCACCUCCAAAACUCCAAUAUCCACUUCCAUGAAUUCCCCACUCCUCAUUUCCUCUCCCCUCCCCCCAUCCCAAAUUCCUCCACCAAAUUUCCUUCACAUCUCCAACCUUCCUUUGAAGCUUCAGUGCAUCUCCGUGAACCUGCGGCAGCGCUCCUCCGUGAGGUCUCUGCAGCCACCAGGCGGGUUGUCGUAAUCCACGACUUCCUCAUGGCUUAUGUGGUUCAAGACGUUGGUAGCCUCCCCAAUGCAGAGUCUUAUAUGUUUUGUGCUGUUUCUGCUUUCCACUAUUCUCUUAGAUUUCUGAAGGACCAGAAUUCUUUCCAAGUACUACUUGAUCAAGAACUGAAAGGGAUACCAUCUCUUGAAGGAUGUAGCACUCCGGAGUUCCAAAACCUUGUAUCUCUUCAAUAUGAUUUUCUCUCACUAGCAGCUGGAAUUAUCUUCAACUCAUGCUGGUCAAUUGAAGGUACUUACAUUGAUUUAUCUACAAAGGAAAUGAACAGCAAAAACAAGCAGAUUUGGGCAGUUGGGCCAUUGAAUCAUGACACAAAAAGUGACAGAAGAGAGAUCUCAAAUAGCCGACACAAGUGUUUGGAGUGGCUUGACAAACAAGUCCCUAAAUCCGUGUUAUAUGUCUCCUUUGGAACAACUACUUCAAUGGUGGAUGAACAGAUCAAAGAGCUUGCGAUGGGGUUAGAACAGAGCAAACAUAAGUUUAUUUGGAUAUUGAGAGAUGCAGAUAAAGGAGACAUUUUUACAGGAGAUGUGAAGAGAGCUCAACUGCCAGAAGGGUAUGAGGAAAGGGUGAAAGAAUUCGGAUUGGUGGUGAGGGAUUGGGUGCCCCAAGUGGAAAUUUUGGGGCACCCGUCCACAGGAGGGUUUAUGAGCCAUUGUGGCUGGAAUUCAUGCUUGGAGAGCAUAACCAUGGGAGUGCCCCUAGCUGCUUGGCCAAUGCACUCUGACCAACCUAGGAAUGCUUUUUUGGUUACAGACAUAUUAAAGGUUGGUGUGGCAGUUAAUGCAUGGGAAAAGAGAGAGGAAAUAGUGAAUUCAUCCGCCAUAGCAAGAGCUGUGAAGAGUUUGAUGGCAUCAAAAGAAGGGGAAGAGACAAGGAAGAGGGUGGAAGAGAUGGGCAGUGCCACUCAACAAGCGGUGGAAGAAGGUGGAAUUUCUCGCUUAGAGUUGUAUUCAUUCAUUGCCCACAUAACUAGGGAGUGAAAUAAUCCAUGAAUCGAAAUUUCAUUCUAAAUAGAUUCAAAAUGGUAUUUUGAUAUUUUUUUGUUUUUACUUGGCAAAAGUCAGUAUUGUCAGUUGUAUGAGGGUACAAGGUGCCUACUACUUGACUACCAUUUCACUGGCGUAUUUUGCUGUUUAUUGAGGUAUGCUAAUUGAUGUUU